AUCUGUUGGGAACCCUCGUGUCACCAGUAGUGCAUCUAGAACUUCUAGGACCAGCUUAAUCUCACCACUAAGCUUGAAUCUUCCCUGUCAACUCGGACAACCGGGCAACGUGCGUGCACUCCCUGCGGUCAAUUCCCCUCCCCACUUGCCCACGCACAAAUCCCGUACCGGCAUCCCAUCCCAUUCACCCGCGCAUUAACAUCUGUCGAUGGCUGGAUCAGGAAAGAGAGCCAUGCCUGAUAGGAAAUCCGUUCAGCCUGCUAAGAAGAGAAAGGGAGGUGGCCAAUGGCAGAAACACCAACAAGGCAACAAGUCGGGUAUUGAGGGAGGCGACUGGGGAGUUUUCGUGUCGUGCGACUUGGGAAAGGAAGGAAAGUGUAUGGCAGAGGUAGUGGAUGUUUUCUCGCAG